GACGCACGCGGUGGGAGGGAAUACAUGCUAUAAGGCGUGUUAUGAUGUGGGAAACACAAAUGGAUUAGAGCGGGGCUAUAGAAGCACAGCGACUUUCCCUCCGUAAAGACUCUGCAGGUUGUCCCCAACACGAGGACAGAAGGCGGCGAGGCCGGAGACGCGCCGUGGGAAACCCAACGUUUACAUGCAACGCCAUGGCACUAAACCCACAGGCGUAGUGGGUAGUUCGACCGCAGGCUAGAUGGUUACCGGAAAGCGGGGGAUAUAGGAAUAUAGUCUUGGUUUGUCCGGUUUUAAGUAUCUUAUGGAAAGACGAGGUGACGGAAACGACCCGGUGGAGACCGUUGACAGUCUUGAUAGGAGAGGAUCCGCUCCUUCAGUGGAACUGUAUCAUUGCAAACGCUCUCUCCCAGGUGAGACCUUCAUUGUUCAUAACCAGCCUGGAAUAAGUCUCCCUGAGCAGGAGCAGAGUGCCACCAUGAGGAGUAAAGACAACUACGUUUCCGUCCCGGUGGAGACGUUUCCUGAGCCGGGCCUUCUGGAAACCACCAAGGACACUCAGGACGACUGCUACAACCAGUAUGACUCCAUAUUGCUGAACUCCCUAAAGCCAGACGGGGCCCCGCCAGAUCACGGCCUGGGCCCGUACUUCCAGGAUGGCAAGCGCAGGGUGGACUACGUUUUGUCCUACCAAGUCCAGAAGCCUACCAGUGUGCGGCGCAAGCCCUCGCGCUUCUCGGACAACGCCCUGGUCCGAGGCCUGCGACGCAGCCUGAGCUGGACACGGAGCCGCCCUGCCCCGCCACCCCGGCAGGACCCAGAACUGGCCGCACAGGAGAACCGGCUGGAUUACCAUGACGAUGACCGACGCUUCAGACGACAGGACUUUGAGGAGAACCUGAUGGAGAUGGGACUAGAGCUGGAGCGGGAUGAGGGGAAUAAGAUUCCUGGGAUCGGCUUUCUGAAGAUCCACGCCCCCUGGAACGUUCUCUGCAGAGAGGCAGAGUUUAUGAAGCUCAAGAUGCCCACCAUGAAGGAGGAAGAUCUACCUUAUAAAAUCAGCAAAUUACAGGUGUACGAGGUGAAGCAGGGGAGCAACCUGGUGGAGAAGGUCCGGCUGUUCAUCCACAAGGUGACGGCUCCCCUGCACCCCAAAGUGGAUACCAGCCGGCAGCAGAGCGUCAAACCGCUGUCCCAUCCUUUCUCCAGAGAGAAGCAGCACCUGUUUGAUCUUUCAGACAGAGAAUCCUUCUUUGACACCAAGACAAGGAGUUCUAUCGUCUAUGAGGUCCUGAAACGCACCUGGUGUAGUCAGGUCACUUACACCAUGGGACUCACCAGUCUCCUUGGUAACGCUGUCUACAUGUCUGCCUACCCUCUGCAUGAUGGAGACAUUGACAGUCCCACUGAUGAGGCCAACGACAGGAAGCUGCUGCACAAGGAAUGGGCAAGUUACAGCGUGUUCUACAAAUACCAGCCCAUUGGCCUUAUCAGGAAGUAUUUUGGGGAGAAGAUUGGUCUGUACUUUGCCUGGCUGGGCGUCUACACCCAGAUGCUGAUUCCUGCUGCCAUCGUGGGAGUCAUCGUCUUUCUGUAUGGCUGUGCUACCGUCGAUGACGACAUCCCCAGUAUGGAGAUCUGUGACCCAAGGAACAACAUCACCAUGUGCCCCAUGUGUGACCGGGCCUGCAGCUACUGGAAGCUAGGGACAGCCUGUGGCACAGCCAGGGCCAGCCAUCUCUUUGAUAACCCUGCCACUGUCUUCUUCUCCAUUUUUAUGGCUCUCUGGGCUGCCAUGUUUAUGGAGCACUGGAAGAGAAGGCAGAUGAGGCUCAACUACAUCUGGGACCUGACAGGCUUCGAGGAGGAGGAGAUGGCUGUCAAGGACCACCAUAGAGCUGAGUACGAGUUCCGGGUCAUGCAGAAGAGACUGAAGAUGGAACGCCUCUCCCCUGAAACGGAGAAGGUGAAGCUGACGUGUACUGACAGGAUGCCAGCCUAUCUGACCGCCUUGUUCAUGAUGAUCUUCAUGGUAUGUGUGACCUUUGCCAUCGUGUUUGGGGUCAUCCUGUACCGGAUCUCCAUCAAGGCUGCACUGCACAUGAGCUCCUACCCUGUCGCCCGCUCCAACAUCCGCGCCACCGUCAAGACCACCGGAGCCAUCAUCAACCUCAUCAUCAUCAUCAUCAUGGACGAGGUCUAUGGGUCCGUAGCACGCUGGCUUACCACACUGGAGGUUCCGAAGACUGACAAAAGCUUUGAGGAACGUCUGAUUGUCAAGACCUUCAUCCUGAAGUUUGUCAAUGCCUUCACUCCCAUAGUCUACCUGGCCUUCUUCAGGGGGCGGCUGGUGGGUCGCCCUGGAAACUACCUGUACGUCAUCGGUUCCUACAGGAUGGAGGAGUGUGCCCAUGCAGGCUGUCUGAUGGAGCUGUGCAUCCAGCUGUGCAUCACCAUGCUUGGAAAGCAGCUCAUCCAGAAUAACCUGUUUGAGAUCUGCAUCCCAAAGCUGAAGAAGCUGAUCCGGAGGAGGAAGUCAGAGAUGGACUCCCAGCAGGAGGCGGAGUUUAACAAGACACUCCAGCGCCAUGAAAAAGACCACUUCCUGGGUCCCUUUGUGGGACUGACUCCUGAGUACAUGGAGAUGAUCAUUCAGUUUGGCAUGGUGACUCUGUUUGUGGCCUCGUUCCCACUGGCUCCUCUGUUCGCUCUGCUCAACAACAUCAUCGAGAUCCGUCUGGAUGCCAAGAAGUUUGUCAAUGAAGUCCGUCGACCAAUUGCUGCACGUGCCAAAGAUAUUGGAAUCUGGUACAACCUUCUGAGGGGCCUCAGCAAGGUGGCUGUCAUUGUCAAUGCAUUUGUGAUCUCCUUCACCUCAGACUUCAUCCCCAGGCUGGUGUAUCAGUACAUGUAUAGUUCAGACGGCUCCAUGCACGGCUUCGUCAACCACACACUCUCCUACUUUAAUGUUACUGACUUCCAGCCAGGCACCGCCCCUGUGGAACCAAUGCACCUGGGUUACAGCGUGGAGAUCUGCAGGUAUAAAGACUACAGAGAGCCCCCCUGGUCCAACGAGUCUUACGAGCUUUCUAAGGAAUUCUGGGCCAUCCUGGCAGCGCGCCUUGCGUUUGUCAUUGUAUUCCAGAACGUGGUGAUGUUGAUGAGUGACUUUGUGGACUGGCUGAUCCCAGACAUCCCCAAGGACAUCAGCCUCCAGAUCCACAAGGAGAAGAUCCUGAUGGUGGAGCUCUUCAUGAAGGAGGAGCAGGGCAAGAGGCUUCUCCAAGACCCUCCCCCACAUAACCACACAGCCAAUCAGAGCCUGACUCAGCCUCGCUUGCGCCCCUCUUCCCAUACUUUCACAAACAGCUCUAACUGUUAACUGCUAACCAGCAAGCUAACAAGCUGGCCCUUCUGUCUAAAACUCUAGUCUGGUCUUGUCUGGUCUUAAUUGAUGUGGACUGGUAUGGUCUGGACUGGUUUAGGCUGGAAUGGGCUGGACAGGGUUAUGAUGACAACUGUACAUAGCAGAGACUCUCUGCGUCUACAACUGCUCCAUUCCCCUGACUUGUAACAAGUUGUAUACAACCUGAACCCAUGUCAAAUUUUUGCUCCAACUUAGUUUUCCACUUGUCCCCUUUUUCUUUCCACUUGCCUGCUUAAAUGUUCGUGUAUAGCCCAAGGACACGGGGAUACUUUAGGGGAAAGGAUCACGAAGCCUUGCAUCCUCUUUUUAUGAACAAUGAAUUGCGAUGUUGGAGAAUACUUUUUCUUUCUGGUAUUCUAACUUCUUUUGUAACGUUUGCCUUUGUAUGAGAUCUAGAGGAUGUCGGGGCACAGAUUGGCAGAGCUAAACAAAUCCUGACCUUCUGUCAGUCUGCUCUCUGCUCCUCUCCACGUCUCUGUGGUCUGGGCCUGUCAGUCUGGUCUCUGUGUAAUAGUAUAGCUCGUAACUCAUUUGAGAACAGCUGUGUAGCUGUGCAGGGAAACAUGAACAACAUGAGAAAAUCUUGAUUCAUGCCAACUGGAUCAAAUGGGACUGUGUCUGUUAGCUAAACAAAGACAACAGUUGAGGUAAGAUUAACUGUGACAGGAUAAUUGACUCUGGGCAUGGCGCAGGAUUUAAGUGCCAAUGUAUUGCUCAAAAACUAAGAUUAUAAUCUACUACUUCUUUCAUAUAUUUCAAUUCUAUUUUUAUUUUAAAUGGGGGGCUUGACUUAAAAAGUAAAAAAAUUGCUGAGACUAGAGGAGUCUGUGGAGGAGAGGGCAAUCUUCUGUCAUUUAGUUAUAUAUACUUUGCUAAUUUAUUUGACUUUUGAUAUUUACUCUGCAUUUCAUAUGUCAGAGAUCUGUUGAAAUUCAAAGGUUUCUAAAGACCUUUCUGAGGGUCAGUGUCAUGUUAAAAACCCAUUUGUAACCUGCACUUAAAGGGUCCUGAAAAAGUACAAUGACUGAAAUCUGAUGUUGCAGUGACAUCAUCAUGAGAUUGAGUGGUAGGGUGGGGGCUGUGUUGCUGUUGCACAAUCUGAUUCUGACUGAAUGACUAGAAUGUCAGGUUGAUGUCUGUGUUUGGGAAAAGGACUGAUGUUAGAUCCAGCCUCUUGUAUGUUAGACAGAUUUACUAGAUAGAGAAUAUAGCUAGUAUCUUACAUAGAAAUAGCGUGUACUGUAUGUAUUGUGUUUAAGUAUAUAGCAUACUAUACAAUAGUACAAAACUAAUACUGUUGAAGAUAUAGUACAGGGAAUGCUCAUAUUGAGGUAGUAGAAUGUGCAAUAAUUUAUGCCAAGAUUUGUACACUGUAGAUGUUCAGCUGUAGAUGUAUUUGCCAUUAACACACACCCACACACACUCCUCCCUCAGACCACUGGAAUGUAUAAUUUACUUGUAAGAUAUCUUUUUCAACGAUUCUGUCCUACAUCUACCUGUAUUUGUGUGUAACAGAUGUUUCUUAACAAGUGGGAAAAUGGUGUCCACAGAACAAGGGAUCGAUAAGGAAAUGCACCAGUAGUUCCAGAUUUUCUGCCAUUUCUCACUCUCUCAGCUCUGUUGAUGUCUAUUUAUAUUGUACAGCACUACAGUUGGGUUUUCAUAUCUAUGAGGUACUCUGCACAGACCUCUCUGGUAAGUUUGUUUUCCAGGAGUUAACUGAUUGCAAAUGUAUAUAUUUGAAAUAAAAUAAAGUUAACUCAAAAUGUACAAUGUC